UGCGGGCAAGGCCUUCUCUAUUGCCUUUGCGCUCCUGGGCGUGCCAGCCACCAUGCUGCUGCUGACCGCCUCAGCCCAGCGCCUGUCGCUGCUGCUGACCCAUGCACCCCUGGCCUGGCUGAACAUGCGCUGGGGCUGGGACCCCCAACGGGCGGCGCGCUGGCACCUGGUGGUCCUGCUGGGGGUCGUGGUGACCAUCUGCUUCCUGGUGCCGGCCGCAGUCUUUGCCCACCUUGAGGAGGCCUGGAGCUUCCUGGACGCCUUCUACUUCUGCUUCAUCUCUCUGUCUACCAUCGGCCUGGGUGACUACGUGCCUGGGGAGGCCCCGGGCCAGCCCUACCGGGCCCUCUACAAGGUGCUGGUCACAGCCUACCUCUUCCUGGGCCUGGUCGCCAUGGUCCUGGUGCUGCAGACUUUCCGCCACAUGUCCGACCUUCAUGGCCUCACGGAGCUCAUCCUGCUGCCCAAUCCGUGCCCUGCCAGCUUCAAUGAGGAUGAGGACGAUCGGGUGGACAUUCUGGGCCCCCAGCCAGAGCCACACCAGCAACUCACCGCUGGCUCCUACACCGACUAUGCCUCUAUCCCCAGGUAGCUGGGCCAGGCGCCCCGAGGCUGGAUGGACCUGGCCUUCCGCUGAG